AACUAAAAGAAGAAAAUGGGCACGGGGGAUUUUAUCUGCAUUUCCAUGACCGGAGGGGCGCCCUGGGGGUUCAGAUUGCAAGGUGGCAAGGAGCAGCAGCAGCCCUUACAAGUUGCUAAGAUCCGAAGCCAGAGCAAAGCCUCCGGGUCUGGGCUCUGUGAGGGGGAUGAAGUGGUUUCUAUCAAUGGCAACUCUUGUGCAGACCUCACCUACCCAGAAGUCAUCAAGCUCAUGGAGAGCAUAACAGACUCUCUCCAAAUGCUCGUCAAAAGACCAUCCAGUGGAAUAAGUGAGAGCUUGAUCUCUGAAACUGAAAACAAAAACCAUGAACAUCUCACCCAUGAAGGGUAUGUGGAAAGUACCACCCUACAGAUUCGACCAGCCACAAAGAGCCAGUACAGAGAAUUCUAUAUCGCCCCAGUCAAGAGUGGAGUUCCCUUAACUGAGGACCAAGCAAGUGGUGCUGGCUUUUCUGGGAACAUAAAAGAAGAAACAGGCCUGGCCCCUCACACGUCUGACUCUGAAAGUGGACGCUUACCAGAGGAGGUUAUUGUAAGGGAGAAGGCAGAAGUGGGGCGGCCAGGCACUGUGGUUGAGCUACAACUGUCCCUUUCACAAGAGAGACACAAGGGCACUAGUGCCCCUGUAGUGGCUCUCCUGGGAACUGAAAAAUCUAAGUCUCCUGACCCAGAUCCUAAUUUACAACACGACGGGAUUGUCCACAUAAAUUCUGUCCCCACUGGUGAGAAAGGGGACCCUUCUCUGAGAUCCAGCAAGAUAAUCCACAUCUCCAGUGGCCAAGAGUUGAGAGUGAUCCAGGGAAGUGAAGCAGGAGACGCGAGGCUGCCCCGAGUGGAAGUGAUCUUCGACUGCUCUGACAGGCAGAAGACAGAAGGGUGCAGGCUUCAGGCAGGAAAGGGGUGUGUGGAUUCUCCAGUGGAAGGAGGGCAGUCAGAAGCACCUCCUUCUCUGGUAUCCUUUGCAGUCUCAUCAGAAGGCACAGAGCUGGGAGAAGAUCCACGCUCAGAAAGGGAUCACAGCAGACCUCACAAGCACAGAGCACGCCACGCACGACUCAGGAGGAGUGAAAGCCUAUCAGAAAAACAGGUGAAAGAAGCAAAAUCUAAAUGCAAAAGCAUUGCCCUCCUUCUGACAGAUGCCCCCAACCCCAACUCCAAGGGGGUGUUGAUGUUUAAGAAGCGUCGUCGGAGGGCCAGGAAAUACACCCUAGUCAGCUACGGGACUGGCGAACUUGAGCGAGAGGCAGACGAAGAGGAGGAAGGAGACAAAGAGGAUACAUGUGAAGUAGCGUUUCUGGGUGCAAGUGAAUCCGAGGUGGAUGAAGAGUUGUUGUCUGACACUGACGACAACACACAAGUUGUGAACUUUGACUGGGAUUCUGGACUAGUGGAUAUUGAAAAGAAACUGAACAGAGAGGACAAGAUGGAGAUGUUGCCAGACACCACAGGCAAGGGGGCCCUCAUGUUUGCCAAGAGGAGGGAGAGAAUGGAUCAGAUCACAGCCCAAAAAGAGGAGGAGAGGAUGGGUGGAAUGCCAAGCAGAGAACCAGAUGCUGCCCAAACAGAUGGCCUGAGAACCAUGACGUCUUACCAAAGGAAGGAAGAAGAAUCAGUGAGAGUGCAGAGCUCUGUGAGCAAAAGCUACAUCGAGGUAAGCCAUGGUCUUGGCCAUGUGCCCCAACAGAAUGGCUUCACUGGGGUGUCUGAGACAGCGGAGGCUCAGAGGAUGAUCCCUAUGAAUAGAACGGCCAAACCCUUCUUGGGAUCUGUGAACCAGCCAGCAACCCCCUUCUCUCCAACCCGAAACGUGACAAGUCCCAUCACUGACUUUCCUGCGCCUCCACCUUAUUCUUCAGUCACACCCCCACCUGAAUCCUUCUCCAGAGCAGUGUCAAGUCCGACAGCUGGCCCAGCACAGCCCCCUCCGUGGCCCCAGCCUGCCCCAUGGUCCCAGGCAGCCUUUUACGAUUCAUCUGAACGAAUAGCUUCCCGGGAUGAAAGGAUCGCGGUGCCAGCAAAAAGAACAGGAAUAUUGCAGGAGGCCAAAAGGAGAAGCACGACAAAACCCAUGUUCACUUUUAAAGAGCCCAAAGUAAGCCCAAAUCCUGAACUCUUGUCACUUCUUCAAAAUUCAGAAGGCAAAAAGGGAGCAGGAGGAGAUUCUGGACCUGAAGAAGACUACCUCAGUUUAGGAGCAGAGGCUUGUAAUUUCAUGCAAAGCCCCUCUGCAAAACAAAAGACCCCACCUCCUGUCGCUCCAAAGCCUGCUGUCAAGUCCUCAUCCUCCCAACCAGUAACUCCAGUUUCUCCAGUCUGGUCACCAGGAGUGGCUCCAACCCAACCUCCUGCCUUCCCCACUUCCAACCCAUCACACGGCACCGUUGUCUCCUCCAUCAAAAUAGCGCAGCCUUCUUACCCUCCUGCCCGGCCUGCGAGUGCUCUGAACCUGGCUGGUCCCUUCAAAGGACCACAAGCAUCAGUAGCCAGUCUGAACUACACUCCCAAACCAGCAGCUCCCACACCAACAGUAAAUGCUGCUCAUGCUGGUGCCGUGGGACCAUCCAAUGAGCUUCCGGGAAUGAGUGGGAAAGGAGCCCAGCUGUUUGCUAAAAGGCAGUCAAGGAUGGAGAAGUACGUGGUAGAUUCAGACACCGUGCAAGCCCAUGCUGCCCGUGCUCAGUCUCCGACUCCAUCUCUACCAGCUGGCUGGAAGUACUCCUCCAACGUCCGAGCACCUCCUCCUGUGGCCUACAAUCCUAUCCACUCCCCCUCCUACCCACUGGCUGCCGUCAAGUCUCAGCCAUCAGCCCCACAGGCCUCCAAAACAAGCAAGAAAAAGGGCAAGAAACCCCUCAAUGCUUUGGAUGUUAUGAAGCACCAACCGUAUCAGCUAAAUGCGUCCUUGUUUACUUUCCAACCUCCCGAUGCAAAGGAUGGCCUCCCUGCAAAGCCAUCAGUCAAGCUCAGUUCACUGCCAGCCAUGAAGCAAGCUCUUCCUCCUCGGCCAGUGAAUGCUGGCUUGCCCACUAAUGUGCAGCCCUCGUCCGUGUACUCAGUGCCGGCCUAUAGCUCUCCGCCUGCCUUCUUUGCCGAGGCCACCUCACCAGUCAGAGCCUCCCCAGUGCCUGUGGCCAUUCCCACCUCUCCAAAGCAAGAGUCAGCCUCAACAUCUUACUUUGUGGCACCAAGGCCGAAGUUCUCAGCAAAGAAAAGCGGUGUCACAGUUCAGUGUCCCCUUAAUGAUGUCUCAAACCUCUCUUCUUGGAAUGUUGUGCCAUGGUGAAUAUGCACCACAGUAGAUAUUCUAGGAAGAAAGGUGCUAUGUAAAUGUAAGUACACAUAUUCCUCUCAGUCUUAUAGGAGGCCAGCUGAAUCACAGAACUGGUAAGAUUGGGAAUCUGAGCACUGCCACUUUGAGCUUAGAACAGUUACAGUUUUAUUUCUAAUAUUUCAAUACAAACAUUCUGUUUUGAGAGAGGAAUAUCACACUGUUUCUGCCUUUUGACUAUUCAUUGAUAGUAUAAAGCAUACAUUUUUAGGAAUGUUUUAUAAGACACAUUGGGGCUGUCCUUCUGGAACAUGUAAAAGUUUGUAACUCAAAAUAUAUCUAGUAUGAUUGAUUGUUAAUGAUAACAUGUAUCUCAUUUAAUCUUCACAAGAAGCAACUCACUUUAACAAUAGGAAAACUGAUCUGAGUUACAGUAGUUCUUGAGAGUAAGCCAGCGUUCUUUAACUCUUCUAGACAGUGCUGACCCCUUUCAAAAAGUGGGUUUCAGAGGGCAACGGAGUGUUAUCACACAGUUGAAUUCUAGCCUGGCAGCAAGAGUCACAUCUGAGAUGUCAAGAACAAAUGAUCUGCAUUUAAAUGGAGUGGACUAACUUCUGUGAGACCAUUGUUUUGUUUACAGUUACUAGCUUAAAAAAACUUUGAAGGCUGUUUUCUGCUGACAGGCAUAUUAAACACUCUGACUGCAGCACUUUCAUAGAAGUCUCGUGAGAACACAAGAAGACACAUGGCUGUUAGUGUCUGAGUUUGGAUUUAAUCUUUCAAACAAAAGUCCUUUGCUGUGUAUCGUUUCACCCAGUUAUAAAUUCGAGAACCUGCAAGCACCCAAAUUCUAAGUGAAUUCCUGAGAUCCAUUGCUAUUUUAUGAGUCACCACUGGCCUGGCAGGAAGGGUAUUUGAAGUCAUGGUCAUCAAAAACAAGUGAUUGUUUUCUGAAAAGCUAAAUGCUUAAAAUGCUUCCAGAGGGAAGCAGUGGGCUGUGUUCUCAUUCCCUCCUAAAACCAGAGUUGUUGAGUUUGUUUUAAAAAUUGUUAAAAGUUCAUGAGAAAAAUAUGUAAAUUCUAAGAGCCAACAUUAUAUUCCCAGAAGCACUGACCCCUUGCUGGUCUCAUGUCCCCUUAUCACUGGACUCUGGGGGACAAAAAGCCUCAUGUAACACUUCAGUGCCUCUGAGUUUGUCAACAAGUAUUCUGGGAAAAAGCAGAAUUGAAUUCUUCUCUAGACUUCCCACCAGGAUUGGCCAAAGGCCAUAAAGCAAGCUAGUAAAUUCCCACAGGACCCAAACACCAGGCAAAAUUGCUUAAAAGAGGCCAGUCUGAGUUAAAUAAAAAUUAAAAAAAAUAAAAAAUAAAAAAUAAAAAAAAAAAAAGGAAAAAAAAUUACAGGGCAUCCUGUGGAGCAUUAUGCCAAUAAAAACCAGAAGCCCCACAUCAGACUAUCCUCUCCUUGAUGUUAUCAGGUACAGCCAGUUUCUUAAAUUAAAAAAAAAAAUAAUGUUUCUAUGGUAUGUAUAUUUGUACUCUAAAUUACCAAUUGGCAAUCACAGACCUUACUACUCAGAAGCAAUUGAAUAAAGAGAAGUUUAAUUUAAAAAUAUCAAAUCCUGUCAGACAAGUCUCAGAUUCCUGAUUUUAUCAGAGCUAGGCCAGCUAAUAAAGUAUUUCUCAAAUAUAAAAAGAAAAAGUUAGACUUCUACAGGGUCCUGUAGUUUAAAUAAUUGUUAUUGGUACACAGAAUUUCUUAAAUUUUCAUUUUUUGGUUCUAAAUGUAAAGUUCCUCAUGUUUACCUCUGUUUAUACCUCAUUCCUGACAUGUUUAUCUAAAUUAUGUGUGCUUUAUGACUGGUGAAAUAUACAUUCAGGGUCCCUAAUAAAAAUAAUCACAAGGACCUACUUUCCAGCCUACCCUUCUUCCUCUGAUAAUAAUAAUAAUAUUUAAAAUAAUAAUAUUCCAAUAUACCAUGGAGGAAUCCUGCUUUCACAGCCCCUGCUUCUUGAGCUUCUUGAUAACUAUUAAUGGUUGUUCAUGGAAAAUAAACAAACAAACAUAGAAUUGCAAUUAGCUCUAAGUUGAAAAGAAAUGCACAUUUUAGGAAUAAACUGAGAAAAUUUUUCUUCUUGCAAGUAAAUAUCAAAAAGCAAAAGUAUUUAAUUUUGUUCUUCAGGAGACAUUUUGGAAGUCAAGGAGAACCUUUGGUAUCUUUAUUUAGUGGAAUAAUCUGUUUUUGAGACCAUCCAAAGGUUCUGAGUCAAGAUUAUGGUCCCAGUUAGGAUAACAUGUGUGGGGAUGGAAGCUGUGGCAGCCAUUUGAACAAUCUCACGAGGUCUAAGGAAAAGACAGAAGGCAGGGUGAGAGGUUGAUACGUUAAGUUUCUACUAAAAGCUAAGAAUGAUGUUAAAUACUUACAUAAAUUAUAACAAUCACUAACGGAGCACAAACUUUGGGCCCUGAAUUAUGCCAAGUAUCUUCACAGAUUCUCUCUCUCUCUCUCUUUUUAAACAGAGAUAUAAUUAACAUAUAACAUUAUGUUAUUUUCAGGUGUACAAUAUACUGAUUUGAUUCUAGUAUGUAUUACAAAUCACAGUAAGUCUAGUUAACACCCAUCAUCAAACAUAGUUACAAAUUUCUUUUUCUUGUGAUUAGAACUUUUAAGAUCUCUCAUGGCAACUUUCAAACAUACAAUAUAGUAUUAUUAACUGUAGUCACCAUGCUGUACAUCAUCCCCAUAACUUAUAACCUCAAGUUUGUGCCUUUAACCAUCUUCACCCAUUUUGCCCACCCACACUUCCACCCCUCUGGCAACCACCACAGAUUAUCUUUUUCAAUCAGUAGUCCUUAUGAGAUAGGUGCCAUCAUAAUCCUCGCUGUAUAGAUUAUAGAGGGGAUUCUGAGGCACAAAGAGGCUGAAUACCUUGCCCAAGAUCACACAGUGUUAAGUAGUGGACCCUGGAUUCGGUCUGGACCUACACACUUAACCAAUUACACUCUAUGAUUUCAUUUACUCCUCAGAAUUACCCUGAAUGUGAAGGUAUUAUUAUUAUUUCCAUUUUGUAGAUGAGGUAUCUGAAGCCCAGAGAGGCUAACCAACGUGCCUGGCGGUCACUAAGCUUAUAAAGUAGUGGGCUAGGGUUGGACCUACAUACUUAUCUGACAUCCAAGCCCAGGCUCUCCCUUCAGUACCAUAAGAUUUCCACAGUCUCAUUAGACCCCAGAAUCCCACUCCCUGAGACCUGUUAAUUGUGUUUUCACCAAACCAUCCACCAAGAGCCUUAAUCUGCAUAUGCUUAAAGGAUGGUUUGGACCACUUGAGAGACAUUAGGAAGGACCCUACUACUUUCAUAAGAUUGCUCAUAAAAUUAGAUCCUAUGAUAGUAUGUAGGGAGUGAAAACCAGUCUGAGAAAAGAAGCAUUUGUUUUAUAAAUAGAAAUGAUGGAUUCGACAGUGAUUUUGUAUGAGUUCCCCCAAUUCUUUCACUUUAUUUCAGGAUGAAAAGGCGAUAUUCACGAGCUGGGGGUGGUAAGGAAUGUCACUAAGGAAGAAAAAAAAAAAGCAAAA